CCUUAGGCUGCCGCGCGAGGAAACAGCUCUACGGGUUUGUGCUCCGAAACAAGGCUUUGACAUGAGGUCGGGGAGGAAGGGGGGAAAGAAAAAAUGAGGGGGGAGCUAUCAGGAGGUUAUAUGAUUCGAUAGCGUUGAGACUCAAAACCCCAUUCCCCCCUCAAUACUCUCCACCUCCCACCCUUUACUAUUAUCAUACCUCCGGGGAAAAAAAAAAACCCCCACCGCCAAUCAAAAUUCUUCGAAUCCGUUUGCUUGCUUCUCUUCCGGUAGAUAAGUUGAACAAACGACCCGACAAACACCAAAAUGUCCGAGGAAUCCAAACCUGAAGCUUCAAAGAAGGGAAAGGGAAAGGCUAGGAGCGGAGAGGGAGAAAUGAGCAAUAUUUCUAAUAUUUCUAGAGAGUUGGUCGAGCAGCUGCUCAGGGCGAAUCCAAGUCUUGCCGGGGAGAUGCAGGGCAUGGACUCGAAGAAGAUCGAGGAGGUGAUGAGAGGGAUGAGCUUGCAGGAUAUUUCUACUGGGAUGGCUACCGGCGGGAAGAAUCAGAAGGAUAUGGCUUCUUACAAGUUUUGGAAUACGCAGCCGGUUCCGAAGUUUGGUGAGGACGAGCCGUUGCCGGAUGGACCGCUAAGGGAGAAUGAUCUCGCGAGGGUCAAGACUGUGGGUGCUGAAUUGAUUGAAGGGUUCGAGUGGGAUACUGUCGAUCUUACGGAUGACCAACAGGUACGGGAGGUCUACGAGUUACUCACCCAUCACUACGUUGAGGAUAGCGAGGCCAUGUUCCGGUUCAACUACUCUGCGUCGUUCCUGCAUUGGGCACUGAAGGCUCCGGGUUGGAUCAAGAACUGGCAUGUCGGCGUGCGUGUAACGAGUACAAAGAAGCUCGUAGCCUUCAUAUCCGGUAUCCCUGUCACUCUGAGAGUUCGGGAGAACACCCUCCAGUGCUCGGAAAUCAACUUCUUAUGCAUUCACAAGAAGCUCAGGGGUAAGCGACUUGCACCUGUGUUGAUCAAGGAGGUCACCCGAAGGUGCAAUCUUGAGAGUGUAUGGAAUGCUAUCUACACUGUCGGUGUUGUGUUGCCGAAGCCGAUUAGUACUUGCAGAUAUUUCCAUCGUAGUUUGGAUUGGCUCAAGUUGUACGAGACUGGGUUUUCGCCUCUACCAACCACUAGUACGAAGGCUAAGCAGGUUACUAAGUAUGCCUUAUCUGCGAAUCCAUCAACUAAGGGUUUGAGAGAGAUGGAGGUGAAGGAUUUGGAUGCUGUGCACGAUUUGUUCACGAGGUAUAUGGAGAGGUUUGACCUAGUGCCAAAAUUCACAGUUGAGGAGAUUGGGCACUGGCUAUUGAACGGAGGAUCAAAGUAUGACGAAAGGAUUGUUUGGGCCUACGUCGUUGAGGAGGAAGGGAAAAUCACCGAUUUCUUCUCCUUUUACUCUCUCGAGUCCUCCGUCCUUGGGAAAAAGGAGACUAUUCGUGCUGCGUACCUCUUUUAUUAUGCCUCUGAGACUGCUUUCAGCAAGUCUCCGGAUGCUAAGAAGGAGCUUAAAGUUCGCUUGAAUGCACUGAUACACGAUGCUCUUAUCCUGGCUAAGAAAUUUAAUUUUGAUGUCUUCAAUGCUCUCACCCUGCUCGAUAAUACCCUCUUCCUUCGGGAGCAAAAGUUUGGAGCUGGCGAUGGAUCAUUGCAUUAUUAUCUCUUCAACUGGAGAACCUCAUUCAUCAAUGGGGGAAUUGAUGAUAAGAAGAAUGUCGAUGAUGAAAACGGUAGCGGUGUUGGUGUUGUUAUGCUGUAAUCACUUUUUUUUAUUGUUGAUCCGUAUACAGAUUCUUUAAGUGAAGCGUAUUUAUAAGACUGGAUCGGAUAGCGCU